UCAUUCCGAAAGCUUUGGAAAAUUGGAACGAAGGUCGAAGGGACGAGCGGUAGCGGACGUGCGGGUUCAGUCGUCUCGAUUUCGACGCUCCUUGAUUCAAGUCUUCUUGGUUUGAGGAAGCAACAUCACUAGAUUUGUGCAAGAUGUCUGGAGGCUUCACGAGAACCGACACCGGCGCUUUGCAAUCUCCUGACCAGCCGAUUGGAGGUGAAAUUAUCCCUCCUCAAGAGAUUCGGGUUACACCUGACUCUCAGAAGGGCAAAGUAAUCGGCGUUUUCACCAGCGGAGGCGAUUCACAAGGUAUGAAUUCAGCUGUUCGUGCUGUUGUGCGUAUGGGGCUCUACUUGGGUUGUCGUGUGUACUUCAUUCGUGAGGGCUACCAAGGCAUGGUGGAUGGAGAUCAGUACAUUCAGGAGGCCACUUGGGUCAGCGUUUCAGGCAUCAUACACAGGGGUGGCACUAUCAUCGGCAGUGCACGCUGCACAGACUUCCGUGAGCGGCAAGGUCGCUUGAAGGCAGCUGCCAACCUUGUGAAGAACGGCAUCACAAAUUUAGUUGUGAUUGGUGGCGAUGGUUCGCUCACAGGAGCGAACCUUUUUCGCCAGGAAUGGUCAUCUCUUCUCGAAGAAUUGGCAAAGAAUGGCACCAUCACGAGUGACCAAGCAACUGCUUGUUCCCGCCUCAAUAUCGUUGGCAUGGUGGGCUCCAUUGACAAUGACUUCUGCGGGACGGAUAUGACCAUUGGAACUGACUCUGCACUGCAUCGCAUCAUUGAAGCCAUUGAUGCUAUUGUUACUACUGCAUCAAGCCAUCGUCGUACCUUCAUUCUGGAGGUCAUGGGCAGGCACUGCGGGUAUCUUGCUAUUGUGGCUGCAUUGGCAAGCGAAGCUGACUUCGUAUUUAUUCCUGAGUGGCCACCAGAAGGUGAUUGGCAGGAAAUUCUUUGCAAGAAGCUAGAACAGGAACGUUCAUCUGGUCAACGCCUGAACAUUGUUAUAGUGGCUGAGGGAGCCCAGGACAGGCAAGGUCAGCCCAUCACAGCUAAUGAUGUCAAAAAGGUCGUGGUCGACCGCCUGAAGUACGACGCUAGGGUCACUGUGCUAGGCCACGUUCAACGAGGAGGAAGCCCGUCUGCAUUUGACCGUGUUCUGGGUUGUAGAAUGGGUGCUGAGGCAGUGCUUGCACUGUUUGAUGCCAAACCGGACGCUGAAGCAUGUGUGGUGUCCCUGGAUGGAAACCAAGCUGUGAGGGUUCCCCUGAUGCAGUGCGUUGAAAAGACAAAAGCCGUGGCUCGUUGCAUGGACGAUAAAGACUGGGGAAAAGCUGUUCAGCUCAGAGGAAGGAGCUUUGAACGAAACCUACAGACAUACAAGAUGCUAACAAGGCUGAAGCCACCAAAAUCUGCCGUUGAUGCUGCUGGGAAGGGCAUGGAGGGGUAUCGUUUGGCAGUCAUGCAUGUUGGAGCCCCAUGUUGUGGCAUGAAUGCCGCAGUUCGUUCAGUCGUCAGGAACUGCCUCUUCCGUGGAGAUGUGGUGUAUGCCAUACACGAUGGUGUUGAAGGCCUCGUUGAGGGGAAUAUCAACACUAUGGGCUGGCACGACGUGUCUGGGUGGGUGGGUGAAGGAGGUGCUUUCUUGGGGACAAAGCGUACGCUUCCUGGUGAUGUGAUGGACAAGGUAGUGGCUCGUUUCACAGAAUUCAAGAUUCAGGCUCUAAUGGUCAUUGGCGGGUUCGAGGGCUAUCACGCGGUGCUCCAGAUGGCGGAGGCCCGUGCUAAGUACCCGGCCCUCCGUAUCCCAAUGAUCGUAAUCCCAGCAACCAUCAGCAACAACGUUCCCGGCACAGAUUUUUCUCUCGGGGCUGACACCGCCCUCAACGAGAUCACAGAGAUUUGUGACCGCAUCAGGCAGUCCGCACAGGGCACGAAGCGACGAGUAUUCGUGGUAGAGACAAUGGGUGGAUACUGCGGUUAUCUUGCUACGCUCGCUGGCUUAGCCGCAGGAGCUGAUGCAGCUUACAUUUAUGAAGAACCCUUCAGCAUCAAGGACCUCAUGGGUGAUGUUCAACACAUGCAAACGAAGAUGGCCGAAGGAGUUCAGAGAGGCAUAAUUCUCAGGAAUGAAAAAGCAAAUGAGAAUUACACCACAGAAUUCAUCUACAAGUUGUUCUCCGAAGAAGGAAAGGACAUUUUCACAACCAGAAUGAACAUCCUAGGACACAUGCAGCAGGGUGGUCGUCCAUCGCCGUUCGAUCGCAACUUUGGCACCAAGACUGCGGCGAAAGCAACAGACUGGCUGCUGACGCAGCUAAAAGCAAACCUGCAGCCCGAUGGCACAGUUAAUGCCAAUUCAAAAGACAGCGCCUGCCUGCUUGGACUGCUUCGUCGUCAGUACAAGUUUACUCCUGUUCAGGAUCUCAAACCACAGACAGACUUCAAGAGCCGACUUCCCAAGAGGCGUUGGUGGGGAGACCUGCGCCUGCUCCUCAACAUGCUGGCCACAUCCGAGAGCUUGGUCGCCACGCACCGCUCGCUGGUCAUCGAAAAGUCGAUUGCGGAAGACAUUGAAGAUGUUCAAGAAGAUAUCUAAAUAUUGUCCUUCUCAUGCACUUUAGGCAGUUGUCAUUGUCAGUGUUUCUUGUCUUUCACUUUCGAGACAUGUGAUUGCAGUUUUCGAGGACGAUUGUCAGCAGAAUGUCGUUUGCCUUCGUUUGGCUGCUAUCCACCACUGCCAUUCGGGAGGAAAUUCAAGAGUAUGUCCCAAGCAGAGGUGGGUCUAUGGAGGGGGUCCUUCAUCACCGAGUGCUCCAAUUGAUCUUGGGCGGUGCAUGCUGUCCUAGACGGCAAAAACCCCACACUACCCGCAGAAAAAUCCUGGAUCCGCCCUCGGUUACAAGGACAGGCUUUGGUGGAUCUUACUCUACUACAGUGAUAUAUUGCUACUGCUUUUGGCACGGCAUGUUUGUUGUCAUAGAGUGUGCUCAGUUCCUCUCAGGUUUGAGGGCCUUUAUUUUUUAGCAUAGAUUUGGAACUCGUUUUUAUUUCAUGCGCAGUUAUGUACUUGUACCUUAGAAAUGUCCUCUUUUAUUUUGUGCUCUGAUAGGUAGCACUUAAUACACAACCCUAUAUGUGGUACUUGUACAUUGUGUAGAACUUACACCUGCUUCCUACGAUAUUCUUUGAUGAAUACCGUACGGGUGGAGAGUCAACUAUGUCAAGCAGGGUACGAAGGGUGCUUGUAACAUAGCCGGCUACAUUCACGUAGCCGUAAAAAGGCGAGAAUGAGAUAAUCACCAGUUAUUGUCAUGUUACAGCCUUCAGACACGUAACGAUCGAUAAAGGGCUUUCAUGUGUGUCACUCGACAAAAGUCGUAACGUCCAUUUCUGACAUCCUGUACAUCUCUGCUUUACCGACGUGCGUACGAGCCGCUACACAUUUUUCGUACUCGCACAGCAAGAGGAAAGCCUAAAUGGCCUGUGAACCUGUAUACCUACACUUCUUGAUGACUCUCAUCAAAGAAUGUGGGCUUGUGACUUCAUGCCCUGUCCCGUGGCAAUGCAACCCUGCGCUUCGAAGUAAUUGCCCACCAGAAUACUGGCCUCUGCAGCAACACCACUUUCAUUUUCUCCUAAGUCCUUAAUCAACACUAUCUGGCAGAGCCGCCAUCCCAAGGCGAGUUUGCGCCCCCUCCCUCACUGCUGUUAGCUCUGUAAACAAAGAAAAGAUAACACUCAUUGGCACUGCUGAUAUUGUAAACCCAAAUUCUCUUAAUUCCUGUUUUAUACUGUCCAACAAGCCUGCCAGGGCCUACCGUUCUGUGCCCUCUGGCGAGGCGGCUGCGCCUCUCUCCCCCUUCGGGACGGCUCUGCUAUCUGGCAUCGAGAUGUUCAUGCAAGUGUGUCUUUAUGGAAAGGUGUAUGCUACCUCUGUCCCCAUGGCUGCUCCGCCUCAGGUUACCUCAUUUAUCCUCGUGCCCUCUCAUCCGAGCUCUGUGAAGAUAGAAAAUUGGCAAACAUUAUUACGAAAACUGCACGUUUCGUAGACAAGCAAGGUUUUAUGUGCUGAGUACCUGAGCCGCAUCGGCUGCAAAAGGUCUAUCAAUCACAAAUGUCUGCUGGUUGUUUGUCAACUCCUUUAAUGUCGUAUAGCUGUAUCCUGUGAAGCAUGCAAUGUGAGCACUAGUAGAGAGGUUGUUUACCCAUUUUUGGUGUGCCAAACAAAUUUAUUGCCUGUGGUUCAGUGCUGCUAAUUCCCCACUUGUUCAACUUUGAGGACCAGCUACCUUGGCCACAUAGCGGAUUAUGCUUAUACUUUCGAGGAAACACGUAAAUUGAAAAUAUUGAAAUGAGUACAACAGUUGUAUACGUAUCACAUUUUGAAUGCAUACUUUGUGUUCUCCUUAAGAAGCGAAGUCGCAUCAGUUUGUUUUGACCUUUGUUUGUAAAGGGCAAAGACCACAAUGGGAUUUUUGUCAUGAAAUAUAAUUAGCGUGUUAUACAGGGCAGAAGUCCCGCGGACUGCAAAAACACUCUGUGUGCACUCCUUUUAUGACAUUUGCCCGCAUGCAACUGUCGGGUGAUUAGUAUUACGUUCUAAAAUAUUGCUCACUAUCACUGGAACUAUAGUUUUGUUGAUUAUCUUGUGUGGUGUACAGAUUAGAUUUAUUUAUCUUAUGAAAUCUUAUCCAAGAAAUAUUUUAGGAAAUAUGUAUCGAUAGGAAUUAAUAAAGGUUUUACCUAUGUUA